CAGCCGCACUGCAGCAGCUGAUUGAUAAUCAUAACAAACGCAUUACAUUGCGGUACUUUUUCGAAUCAAGUUUAUUCUCGGUUUAAUCCGACUACAUUUCUGCAAUCUAAGACACUUUGUCAUUUUAAAAUAUGACUUCCAAAGUGUUGCUCAAUAAGCUCUCGUCCCUAUCGGCUAGGCAUGUUUACGUUGUAAACUUUGUGCCAUCGCUUUCAUUCUCCUCUAAGUCCCCAUCGGACAAGCCAGUGAGUCCACGGAUGGAGGAGUUCCAGAAGAAACUACGUGAGAAGACUCCGAUCGGUAAGUUGGAUGAGAUCGUUGGCAAGCAUCCGUAUCAGGAGAAAGAACCCCUCGAACCGUGGCCAAAUAACACCAAUCCAAAAACCGGUGAGAUCGGUGGCCCGCGGGGUCCAGAACCGACACGCUACGGAGAUUGGGAACGUAAGGGUCGAGUAAGCGAUUUCUAAAGACCAGACAGGCAAUGGUAGUAAAAGUGUUGUAUUUUUAAUGUAGAAUUAGGAAAGUAGGUAUAGGAUUAGAUCUUAGGCGCAAAGGAAUGUUUCCAAUUUGAAAAAAUAAAUAAAAUAAAGUUUAUUUCACAACUUUUGAAAUAGGAUAGACGUUAUACUCUGCAUUGCAGUUCAUGAGACAAAUGUGUAGUUUGAAAUAAAAUCAUGCAAUAAUAUAUUAAAUAUAUUGUUAAGAUAAAUCGUAUAUCAUAGAAUGCCGCAAUUCAACG